AGGAAGCAGCAGAGAUACGCAGACAGACUGAGAGAGAGAGAGAGAGAGAGCGCGGGAGGGAAUGGAGUCGAAGAAGAUGGAAGAAGAAGAAGAAGAAAAAGCGGAAUUCGAGGAAUCGGAGAUAGAGUACGUGAGCUAUGGGGGCGAACAUCAUCUACCGCUGAUCAUGCGCCUUGUCGACCAAGAACUCAGCGAGCCCUACUCCAUCUUCACCUACCGCUACUUCGUCUAUCUAUGGCCUCAGCUCUCCUUUCUCGCAUUCCAUAGAGGAAAAUGUGUAGGAACGGUGGUUUGCAAGAUGGGCGAGCAUAGGAACACUUUCAGAGGAUACAUCGCCAUGUUGGUUGUCAUCAAACCCUAUAGAGGAAGAGGCAUUGCUACAGAACUUGUUGCCAGGUCUAUUAAAGUCAUGAUGGAAUCGGGUUGUGAAGAGGUGACAUUAGAAGCAGAAGUCACAAACAAAGGAGCACUUGCACUAUAUGGUCGUCUUGGAUUUAUCAGGGCAAAACGGCUCUUCCGAUAUUACUUGAAUGGAGUUGAUGCUUUCCGUUUGAAGUUACUGUUUCCGCGGCCAGACUUGCUCCCUUUCAUUCAUAAAGAUGAGGGGCAGAGGCAUGCUGAUUAUCUACCAUCUGAAAAAUGUUGCGGGUUGCAUUGAAUCUUGUAAUUUGGAAUUUCCAAGUUCUAACUCGAACAAUUACCUACACAAAUAUGUUGCAUUCGAUAAUUAUUUAGGAGGUAAUUUAUGAUAUUUAUUCUGUAACCACUAGCUGCUUGUUGAGAUGAGACUAUCAAACUGACGAAAAACAUUGCAUCUUCAUCGCAACGCGUUUUCUUUUUCGCAAUUCUAUAGUAUGUUUGUUGUAUGAAUCACAGGUGCUUUAAGCACAUCAUAAUUCUUGGUUGUCUUUAUUUUAAUUGGACGGAAAUUAUCUGGC